AUGCUAAACGAUCGCGGGCAAAUCACUAUAAUGCCAGAUCACGGAUGUGUGAUUGUUCCAUGCAUGACAAACCAUUAUAUAAAAUGUCUCAGUGUUGCAGGUAACGUCGUGGUAUCUCUAGAUCAGGAGCCAAAUGAGUAUGGCGAUGGCCCAGACUUAUAUGGUAAUUUCUAUGCUGCAAACGGGCCAGCGGAGUUUGCAUCUAGGGGAGAAUACGUCACAUUACAGAGACCUUAUUUCUGCCGACCAUUUUCCUUAGGCACAUCAAUGACAUCUACGGAGCUUAAUUCACCCCAGACAACAUCAGCAGCCAGGACAAUGAAUCCUAUGGUGAGCGUACAGCCGCUGAUACAUGUGAAGUUACUGGGUAUACUAAACAAGCUAAACGUAUAG